UCGGCACGUGAUUGGUCCAUGCAGGGAUUUUCCCCUGGGGUUUAUUUAGCAUGUGGCUGUUGAUUUCACUCACAAAUCCUCGCGUGUUCAGUAGGGAUAAAACCACCGGUCUUUCUGUCCACUUACUACGCCACGUUGAUGAGACCAAGCUGGGGAGAGAGUUGGAACCAAGAUCACAGGAGAAAUUUGUGAUCUCUACAUCGCGACAACCGUUGUGAACUGACUGUGAAAGUUGGGUGAGAAGAAAUCAUCAGUAUCGACAACAAGUGAAGAGGCCACAUUCUAUGCAAGGGGCUCGGUAUCAACUCAGCAACGACGGCUAUAUAAAUCUGCCAAUGUCAAUACCUUAAGCAACAUUUGAUCUAUAGCAAACAGUCACGAGAACAAGAGUACUUCCACUCAGAUACUGUGCGUAGUUUGAGGACCAACACGUUCGGCUGCAAUCCUGUUGUUUUGGUCAUACUACAUUAACGUUACAGUGAGACUAAAAACGCUCUGAUUUGGAGUUGAUAGUAGAGCCUGUGAUAUUACUACAACAAAUUGCAAGGGAGUUUUGUGAAUCGUUGUUUGGACUACCAGAAACAAGAUGGCAGGAGAUGAAGAGGAAAGAACAAGCGACCAAAGUUCUCAGGGUCCCCCGCAACCCGAAAUGGAUUCGCUAGUUCCGACACGAGAGGACCGAUACAGAAAUGGUGCGGCCUCGCAUUCGCCGACGACACCAACCUCCGGAAUCAGCCAGAUGUCGCACGUGUACUAUGAAGACCCGGAAGAAACCACUUGCGGGUGGGGGCCGUUUAGUCCCGCGUGCUGCCAGUUCUUCGCUAACCCGAAAGCCAUUCUUUUCUUCCUGUCGUGGCUUGCCUUCACGCAAGGUAUGGUUGUCAAUGGAUUUGUCAACGUUGUCAUUACGACGAUAGAAAAGAGAUUCAGUUUGCAGAGCUCGGAUACCGGCCUUAUCGCAAGCUGUUACGACAUUGCGUCCGUGCUGUGCCUUGUCGUGGUGAGUUAUCUUGGCGGAACGGGGCGUAAGCCGCGGUGGUUAGGCUGCGGAGCAAUAAUCAUGGGCCUCGGGUCACUAGUCUUCGCCUUACCACACUUCCUAACUGCUCCGUACCAAUACCAAUCUAUCGGGGUACAGUCAACGUGUAGUGUCGACACGAACUCGACGGAUAUGUGCUUGCUUGACGACAAGCUGUUAUCAAACUACAAGUACCUACACAUGCUCGGACAGCUUCUACACGGGAUGGGCGCCACUCCGCUCUACACACUCGGCGUGACGUACCUGGAUGAAAACGUCAAGGCGACGUACUCCUCUGUGUACUUAGGUGUUUUCUAUGGCCUGUCACUGAUUGGUCCAGCUGCAGGUUACCUUAUGGGUAGCCAGUUCCUGGGAUUCUUCACUGAACUAACCAGCACCGACAUCACCCCAGACCACCCCCUGUGGGUGGGAGCCUGGUGGGUCGGCUUUCUCCUGGCCGCCAUUAUGUCCUGGUCCGUCGCCAUCCCCAUUUUGGGCUACCCAAAAAGUCUACCAGGAUCCCUGAGGCACCGCAUGAUGAGGGAGUCAGAGGUGCACGCAGCGGCAAACAACACCAAAGCGAAUGACCCAGAGUUUGGACGCUCACUCAAAGACCUUCCAAAAUCGAUCUUAUACCUUCUGAAGAAUCCGACGUUCAUGUUCUUAAACCUGGCUGGUGCCACGGAAGGAACAUUGCUUACGGGGUUCUCAACGUUUGGACCGAAGUUCUUGGAGUCACAGUUUGGGCUGAGCGCUUCGUCUGCGUCCAUGUUAAUGGGUUUCGUGGUGGUGCCAGGUGCAGGGGGCGGUGCUAUAUUGGGUGGAGUCCUGGUGAACCGGCUCAGGCUGAAGUGUGUCGGUAUCAUCCGGUACUGCCUGGCGUUCAGCCUGGUCGGGCUGGUGGGCUGUUUCGUGUUCCUUCUCCAGUGUAACAAUGUGCCGUUUGCGGGCGUCAACACUUCCUACAUGGGAAUAAACAAGACGACAUCAUUUAGUCUCACAAGCACGUGCAACGCAGACUGCCAUUGCUCUCGUGACCGGUAUGACCCCGUCUGCGGAAACGACAACACCGUUUACUUUUCACCGUGUCACGCCGGAUGUGGCGAUCUGGCCACGCAAUCAGACAGCAAGAUGUACGCCAACUGUUCGUGCAUUGCGCCUGACCCGUUCGGUAACCUCACCACGGCAGUUCCAGGAAAGUGCACGCCAGAAUGUGCGUAUCUCCAGCCACUGUUCCUGGGUGUUCUCUUCAUCAUCAUCCUCUCCAUGUUCCUACUCUCCAUCCCGUCGCUAACGGCAACGCUCAGAUGUGUUCCUGACACCCAGAAGUCACUUGCAGUUGGAAUACAGUGGAUCCUGGUUCGAGUCCUUGGUACCAUUCCCGGCCCGAUCCUGUUCGGUGCGAUCAUCGACCAGACGUGUAUCCUGUGGCAGGAGAAGUGUGGCGAGGAGGGAUCGUGUUACCAGUACGAGAAUGCCGAGCUCAGCAAAUGGAUGCUCAUUCCCGCGAUCAUCUACAAGUUCCUGUCCACGAUGUGGUUCGCCUUGGCGCUGUUCUCCUACAAACCUCCGAAGUCACCGCACUCGCCGAAUGACGUGGACUCUGGACUAGCGGAUGAAGAGGUGGAGAUCAAGGUCACUACUUUGUAGCCAUGUUAAUUGCACCCCCUACUUAGUAGUGGUUAGGUCAAGUUCGAAGGUCAUUGAUAUAAGGUGAAUGAAAAUUAAGAUGAUCUCGUCAUUGUACAUCAGGAGGUGUAACAGUUAUGUUUUUUGAAAUGAUAGAAAAAAAUCAAGGUUUUUGUGGACAGUACAGUCAAGGAAUAUCAGUACAAAACCUGCUUGCAAUUUUAAAAUGAAAAUCCCACCGUGUAUGAUUUUCUUUUUUGCACCUUGGGUGUUUGAAAUAGUCAUACACAUACCUGUUUUUCCCUUGCAGUGGGAAUUGAUUUUUUUUUUCUUAGAGGGAGUAUUAGGCCUUCUUAAAAGUAGCAUGUACGAAAUUUUGAAAAAGAUAAAGCUAAAGAAAGUUUAUUUGCAAGUUCAUGCUUGUAGGCUCAAUUACAAGUACAUGGUAUAAACAAGAUAGGGAAUAUGCAUGUAACAAUGAACUGUGAUAAAGGAUUUUUGAAGACUAAUCCUGAGACAAAGAAGUGCCCCAAGCAACUUUGUCUGAAACUGCAGCUUGCAGUUGCAUCCCAAUAUGAUGUCUAUCUCUACUGCAAAGAUAUUGAACAUGGGAAUGACUCUGAUGGUCUUUGGUAUUUAUACAAAGGCUUGCACAGUUUGUUGUGUCGGGAACAUUAAGCCAAUUGACAAUAAUUUGUUGUACCACAGCAAUAGUAAAGAAGUUGAAUGGUUCUAAGGUUACAGAUUGAUUCAUUAACAGGGCUAAUUAAUGUUAAUUAAUGGGAUGCUAAUUACUCAUUGUCUCAGCAUUCCUGAUAAGUAUCAAAGAAUGCUUGCAGUAAUUGUAAGACUAUCAAAAUCUGCAAUAGAAAUGAGUACUUACUGUACAUUGUAGAUGUUAAAGUAUUGCAGUAAUAAUCAAGACAAUGCAAGCUCUCAGAAAAGUAUGUAAAAUCAAAAUUAUAGGAAAAUGUUAUAUAUUUUGCAUAAUGUCUAAAAGAUGUAUAUAUGUUGUUUUUCAUGAUGAGAUGGAAAGAAAUAUGUACAGAGGUGUUGAAAGUAGGUGAGUUAGCUUCUUAUACUGAUAAGAGAAUACUAGUAUGUCACAAAAUGAUCGUGCACAAGUAUACAGUCAAACUGGCCAAGAAGACCAGUCAAUGGACCGAUAAAAUCUGGUCUAUUUAGACAGGUUGUCACUAUAGACAGGAUUUGUAAUGCUUUGGUCAAUAGGAAAAAUCAUCUAAGUGACCACACAAAAAAAUGUCACUUUGGCCAGGUGGUCGAGGUGGUCAUUUGUACAGGUCUGACUGUAUAUCAAAGGCCAGGUGGUCUUGAUGUAGAGGUGGUCAAUUGUACAAGUUUGACUGUAUACUGGAAAUCCAACCCUACAGUUGUAGGUUUCCACUUUUUCUGUCAUGUUUUAACUUUACAAGACAGAAACACUCACUUAUUCAUACCAGAUACUGCACUGACAUGUAUGUAUAAGGUACAGAAAAAUGGAAAAAUGAAACCUUAUGUCAUGAUGUAACAAUCUGUAUAUAUAGAUGAAGAAUAUUUUGAUAUGAAAAGUCUACAUCACUUGAAUGCCAUAUACACAAUUGAUAAGUAUAUUGGGAUAUCAUAUCCAGACAGCUUCAAUUUUUUCCUGCAGGGCUAAUGUUGGACAAGUUUUCUGAAAUUCACUUGUCCUAUCGGGCAAGUACAUAAAAAAUCUACUUGCCCAAACCAACUUUUCACUUGCCUGAAAUCUAAAUGGUGCUUUUCUAUCUAUUUUCACUUCCAGCAAUGGAAUUCUUUUAUUAUUGGCUGUAUUUUUCUGGGUUGACCAAUGUUUGAUGAAAUGACUCUGAAAAGUGACUAGUAUCAAAAUUUCACUCGUGGAAAAAUCUUACUUGCCCAAUGGGGCAAGUGAGGUACAUUAUACUAUAGGACAUGUGCUUGCCCGAUCAGCACUUUCACUUGCCCAGGACAAUCGGGCUAGUGUACUUGUCCAACCCUGCCAUGCACUCAUUGUUUGGGAACCCAUUGUCUUUAGAUCUGUCAUUGAUGCUUACAAGUACCCUUUUUUUGUGGAUUUAGUAACACAAGGUAUCUUUUUACAAAUGGUGUGAUUUUUUUUUUCCAUCGCAACAAGCACAUUUCUGUAGUGGGACGUGUACAUGUAUUAUAUAUAGGCCUGAUCCACAUUUCACAUUUGAACAACUCCUUACUGAUGUACCAAUAAAAAUCUUGCGUUAUUUAUUAUUAUUAGGGACUAGUUGGAACGAUGUGCAUGUGAUAUCAAAAUUGUGUCACAAAAAUAUGACUCAUCAAGUUUUUUAUGUAUUAUAUUCAUAUAGGAAACAAAGGUUGAAAGCCAAUGCCAUAUGAACACUGUAAGAUAAUCAAUAUUUUUGUAGCACAUAUUUUGAAAAGUAUAAAGGGACCAGAGGAAGUGUUUGUGUUUGUUAAGUUUUGUUUGGAGUUGAAAAAAAAAUGUUUGUUUUCAAUGUUGAAUGUAGAAUAGCGCACAGAAUAUUGACCUUGUGUACAUUUUUUUUUUAAUCAGAAAUGUUUCUUUCAACAUUCAAUUUAGAAUUUGGGGGAUUAGAAAGUUGUUAUGCUGAUAUGAUUUCCCCUUUUGUGUUACUGUUUCAUAUUUUGUUAAGUAAAAGGCAAUCAAAGGUCUUCCAGGUUCAUAACUAAAGAAGAAAAUUCCUUGUUAUCUUUUGAUCAUGGCAAAAACAUGUACCCGUAUGAAAAUAUGUUUUAAAAUAGGGUUCCAUCAAGUAAUUUUUUUUUUCAAGUCUUAUUACAAUCAGAGGAAAUAUGAGGCCAUACAAGAUGGUAGUCACUUAUUUGCAUUUUAAAGAAAUACAUAUAGUACUAGUAUGUAUACGUGUUGAAUUGAAAGCACUGUUGAAAAUAUUUCUUUGAAUAUUGCAUUAAGUCGGGUCUUAUAUACAAACCAGACAAUCCUGAAAAAUUUGAUGACUUUGUUAUUCUUCACGUUUGCCAAGCAAAGGAUUUGAAGUUAUGUAUGUACAUAGCGAUAAUAUCUGCUUUAUUUCAAGCAAUAGCAAGUGUAAAACAAGCAACAUUUUCUUGUGUUUCAAUGUUAAAGUUAACUUUCCAGUAUUUGUUCCGCAUAGUACAGAAGUGUAUUUCACAGCUUUUUAGGCAUGCAUUUUUAUCGAUUUGAAUCUAAGUACUACAGAAGGGGAAUCUUGGAAGUCAUAUUUGGGUGAUGUGAAGUGAUUAAAGAACACGGAACAAAAAAAAAUCGUAUGAAUGUUAUAUACAUGAUUGUACAUAUCCAACAGGCUAAUGUAUCUGAAUGAUAAUUGAAAUUACCACCAUUGUUGCUGUUCUGCAAUCUGUACAGUGUCAUUUUCACUUGCUUUGCUGUUUCUGUUUAACAGAAUAAAGAGUAUUUUAUUCCUGAAA